GCCGCGGAGGAUGACGACGAAGAUGUGGCCGGGAGCGUCGACGGCGACGAGGUGGAGAUGGAGCCCGUGGAGCCCAUGCUGGAGCCACCCGACGACGCCGGGCCCGUCGGCUGGCCCAUGCCGGACUUCUGCCCUCUCACGAUCGAUGGGGUGGUGAAGGAGUCGUUCUUGGAGGCCCUUCGGAAGCAGGAGGAGGAGGACGCGGAGCAGCCGCCGGGAGAGCCCAAGGCGGCGCCGAGCCCGGACUCGCGGCCGUCGAGCAGCAAGCGCCACCGCGCCGGCACCGCGUCGCCGUCGUCCAUGAGCCCGUACCGCAACAUGAUGCAGGUGUUCCAGCAGUGCAGGCAGGACGCCUGAGACUGGGAGGAACAAAGAGCAAGAGCAAGCGCACAGUACAGUACAGGCCGUGACGUCUCGGCUGACUUCUUUGAUUUAUCUUUUGUUUAUUUACUUCACCUAGAAUAAUGUUUGAUCGAUUGGUGUCGUCUGUCGAUUCCGCUCAGAAACAUUCUACAAUCUUGCUCUGGUGUAGCUCGAGGGGAUAGCAGUUUUGCUCUUGUGUA